CGGGUUUAACUCGGGUUAAAAGCGUUUAUUUCUCCAGAGCGGCGCCGGAUGAUGUAGCUAAAUAUGAAGGCUAACAUUAGCCGCUCUGAGGUUUACGGCUCGUUUUUGCACAACACGGUGUUAGUAAGGCUGCAGACCGAGAUUGUAGAUGGGUAAAAAUGUUCUAUUUUAAUCCCAAACCUUCGCUUUGAGAGAGAAACUAGAUUAAAAAGCCGAGUUUCAACAGCUGCAGGCUUUAAAUACUGCUGCCUGUCAUGCCCGUGUGCGCAUGCGCGAAAGAGGGAGAGUAGGAGGGUGAUAAAAUCAUGUGUUUUCCUGUUCAGUGCGCUUAUCUUACCGACUCGUUGUUGUUUACCUAUUAUAAUAACAUUUAGAUGUUGAUAAAGAGUUGAACCCAGUGCCCAGCUAGAAAUGUUCACGCAUGUCUCUUAUAAUCUGUUGGCUCACAGUAUGACAGGUAGUUUGGUAAGUAAGGGAUCAAUACUGUAAUGUAUGCUAAUGAGGCAUCCCCCCCCCAGUAAAACAGGCUGAGGUCAGUGAUGUCCUCAAGCACUGUACUUAACUAAUCUAAACACUUAGAGCCUCAAAUCACUGUAGUUAACCAAUCUCUGCGUGUCCUGCAAGAGGGAGGUGCCCUGUCCAAAGUCUCAGGGUCAUCCACCCAGAUAAACAGAUGAACAUUUCUCAGCCACAGCUGUUUUUUGGUUGAAUAAGACCCGCUCUGUUGCGUUCAGCAUGCUCGGCGCCCACUUGCAGAAAGGUUAUGUUGAGCCUGCGUGUCACCCAGCCUUCGCUGGCGUCAUGAGUGGGAAGAGCCUCCUUCUGAAGGUGAUCCUGCUGGGGGACGGCGGCGUGGGCAAGAGCUCGCUGAUGAACCGCUAUGUGACUGACCGCUUCGACUCGCAGUCCUUCCACACCAUCGGUGUGGAGUUCCUAAACCGUGACCUGGAGGUGGACGGGCGCCUGGUCACGCUGCAGAUUUGGGACACGGCGGGCCAGGAACGCUUCAAGAGCCUGCGCACGCCCUUCUACCGCGGCGCCGACUGCUGCCUCCUGACGUUUGCUGUGGAUGACCUGCAGAGCUUCCAGAACCUGGCCUGCUGGAAGAAGGAGUUCAUGUACUACUCGGAUGUGCGUGACCCAGAGCGCUUCCCCUUCGUGGUGCUGGGCAACAAGGUGGACAAGGAGGAGCGCGAGGUGGGCGAGGACGAGGCCCGGGCGUGGUGCGAGGAGAACGGCUGCUGCCCAUACUUCGAGACCAGUGCCAAGGACGACACCAACGUGAGCGCUGCCUUCGAGGCGGCCGUAAGGGAGGUUCUGGCCAGUGAGGAACAGAUUGACCACGCCUUGCUGAGCAGCACCAUCGACCUCCACGGCAACCGCAAGGCACCCCGCUCCUCCUGCUGCUGAGGCGCCAGCAGUUACCAUGGUGCCUUUGCGGUCGGUGGACCAUGCCUGCACACUCGCAAGAGCCGAUGGUACGACACGACACGGGGACGGGCAUGGGCCGGGCGUAGCCCUGUUUUGGGCGUCACCUUUGGGUUACGUAGCUACAGAUGUAACAGAAUAACUGUAUUUUUUAGGUAUGUGUGUCUGCUUUCUGCAAUCUGGCACCUAUAAUGCCAUAGUCUACGCUGUCCUUUCCUGCCAAAGGCUCUUGUGCUUGUGCUGUGUUGGGUUUUCUAUUGACGCUGCUUUCUUGCCCUGGAGGUCACUGGGCUCCUGUGUUCCUCACAACACUCUGCCGUCCCCAAGAGCACAGUCAGCUUUGUUGCACAACUCAUCGCUCUCUUUCUUGCCUGACCUGUCAUUAACGUUCCUCUCAGUUUAUCAAACAGAUUACUUUCCUGCUGUAUUGCCAGUCCUUGGUACUAUAUUUUUGCUUGUUAACCUAACCUCAGAGAUAUACAGAGUCUCUACUACUGGGUGGCAAAAAGUCAGAUUUUACUGAGAUAUGUAUGUGUAUGUUGGAGAAAAAGGGAAUUAUCUUUUAAUGUGGUGUUAAGAGUGUGACCAAUGUGAAUUGUUGCUCACAAUUUUUGUUCAUAUUUUUUCUAGGUACAUUGACCUUGAGUUACUCUGUGGUACACUUAUUAUUAUUAUUAUUAUUAUUAUUAUUAUUAUUUUCAAUCUUCGUUUAAGAUUCUGUCUGUUGUGUGAAUUGGAGUGGUUCUGUCCGUGUGAGACGGAGCGCUGUGUUUUGAUCUCGCUCCAGCACCGUCAUGUUGGAAAUAAGGGCUGUUUUGCUCCCUGUGGAAUAGUGAGGGCUCCAAACCCCGAACCUCUUUCACUGAAUGACUUUCAGUAGUGUGGAUCCACAUUUAGUCUUUCAUAUCAGAGCGUACUGAUAGAGUUGGUACUGAGUCGGCACUAUUUAGAUACCAUAGUGUUUAACCAUAAGGGGCAUUUGUGCUCUGCCAGUUUUUUUUUUUUUUUUUAAGAAGUCAGCAAAAAAUACUUGUGACUCAUUGCUUCACUGCCUUUUCCUUGGUUGUUUUAGAACGGAAAAAUAAUUAGCAGUAUCAGUUCAUUCCCUCAACUCAGUCUAAUCUGAAUGUGAAACCAACCAAAGCACAUUUGCCCUGGCGUUCUGCAUUUAAUGCCAAUUCUCUUUGUAGUGUUACAAAAGGUACUUGUGAACAAUCCCAGUUUCUGAUUGACAAAAAAAACCCCAGCUUUAGUACUUAAUAUUUUGAUAUUAUCGAGCUGUUAACAUGUUUUUCCUUUUUGCUAAAUCAUACUGGAUAUCGACCUGCCUGAUACAGUUGUGGUGGUAAUGAUUUUGAUAUUUACUAGCGCUGCCUAUACGAAGCAAGAGAUGUAGCUCCUUCCACUUAAAAGUUUACUGAAGUUUGCUCACUUCCAAGCCUGAACAGCGUUGCAUUAACCCAGCGAAUGGUUUUCACGUCUGCUCGCUCUUGCAUGUAAACGCCACAACAGUUUCUGAUACCGUUUUGCCGCUUGCUUAUGGUGAGGCUCAACCUUUUAUUGCCGGUCCCCAUCCACCGAAAACAGCCCUUGCGAUGUUUAAUGGGAACGGUCACUGUGAAACAGAAUCAGUUAAGGCACUGUGCUUUCCCCUAAUGUUAUGGUACGUAAAGCUAUAGGGGUGUUUGUUUCUCUGUAUUGGAAAACGGUAUUUAACUGCCAGAUGCUGAUGGUAUUUUUAAAUUGAAGUACCGAAAUAAGCUGCAACAGUGUGUUCACUGUGAUUCUGAUCUGGUUUUAUUACAUCUUGUUUGACAGUAUUUAAUUUGUUACAGGUGUAUUGAAAGGAAGGUUCUUGGUACCUGCUUAAAUGUAAAUCAAAGCUGUCUUGGUCCUGCACACGCUGAAAAUGUCUAUUUAAUGUAAUAAUAGUUUAUAGACUGUUGAAUGAGUUUUUAUUGACUUUGUAUGGCUGCAUUUAUUUUUUUCGUUUGGACUAAAACCUGCUUUCUGGUA